CUGCUGUCCCGGCCCUAUCAGGGGCGUCUCCAUCCUGCUGCUGCCGCCACCGUUGGCUUAGAGGACACAUCAUCUCCCCUUGAGGUCCUGCAUCCCUCCUCAGCUCCGUCCUCUCUCCUUUCUACCAGCACUUUCUCAAUUUUUCAUCCAGCCCUGCCCUAGGAAGAUUCACCAUGGCGGUCGAGAGGAUCCAUGCCCGUGAGAUCCUGGACUCCCGUGGGAACCCCACCGUUGAGGUGGACCUCUACACACACAAAGGCAUGUUUCGAGCAGCCGUCCCCAGUGGAGCGUCCACUGGUAUCUAUGAAGCGCUGGAGCUGCGAGACAAUGACAAGUCACGUUUCCUUGGAAAAGGGGUCCUGCAGGCCGUGGAUCAUAUCAACAGCACUGUCGCCCCAGCUCUCGUGGGCUCUGGCCUCUCUGUUGUGGAUCAAGAGAAGAUAGACAAUCUGAUGCUUGAGAUGGACGGCACAGAGAACAAAUCCAAGUUUGGUGCCAAUGCUAUCCUGGGAGUUUCUCUGGCCGUGUGCAAGGCGGGAGCUGCAGAGAAGGAUGUGCCCCUGUACCGGCACAUCGCUGACCUGGCCGGCAACUCCGACCUCAUCCUGCCCGUGCCAGCUUUCAACGUGAUCAAUGGAGGUUCCCAUGCAGGCAACAAACUGGCCAUGCAGGAGUUCAUGAUCCUGCCUGUGGGAGCUGAAAGCUUCCGCGAUGCCAUGCGCAUCGGGGCUGAAGUCUAUCACAACCUUAAGAGCGUCAUCAAGGAGAAGUAUGGCAAAGAUGCUACCAAUGUGGGUGAUGAGGGAGGCUUUGCUCCCAACAUCCUGGAAAAUAGCGAAGCUCUGGAGCUGCUCAAGGAAGCCAUUGACAAGGCGGGCUACACGGACAAGAUCGUCAUCGGCAUGGAUGUGGCAGCCUCCGAGUUCUACCGCGACGGCAAAUACGACCUGGACUUCAAGUCCCCGGAUGACCCAAGCCGCUAUAUCUCUGGAGAUGAGCUGGGAGACCUCUACCAAAGCUUUGUGCGGGAUUACCCAGUGGUCUCCAUUGAGGAUCCCUUUGACCAGGAUGACUGGGAGGCCUGGUCUAAGUUCACUGCCAAUGUGGGGAUUCAGAUAGUGGGAGAUGACCUGACAGUGACAAACCCCAAGCGCAUCGAGCGGGCUGUUGAAGAGAAAGCCUGCAACUGCCUCCUGCUCAAAGUCAACCAGAUUGGAUCUGUCACAGAGGCCAUCCAAGCCUGCAAGUUGGCCCAGGAGAAUGGAUGGGGUGUGAUGGUGAGCCACCGGUCUGGGGAGACUGAAGACACCUUCAUUGCUGAUCUGGUUGUAGGACUGUGCACUGGGCAGAUAAAGACGGGUGCUCCCUGCAGGUCUGAACGCCUGGCUAAGUACAACCAGCUCAUGAGGAUUGAGGAAGAGCUUGGCGAUGAAGCACGCUUCGCUGGACACAACUUCCGCAACCCAAGUGUUCUUUGAACAUUGUCCCUGGGGCACAGCCACCCUGCUGCUCUUUCCCACCUCACAGACUCUGAACCCCCAUUUCCCUCCACUGCUCCCUUUUUUGCUCUUUCUCCCCACUCCGUCACCUGGUAUCCUCUCACCUCAAAACCCCUCGAGUUCAGGUGUCCCUGGCUAGAUGUACCCAGGCGAAGGAUGAGAGAGCAGCCCACACCCUGUCCCUUGCUGUGGGCUCAUAAGCAUUCGUGGACCUAGGCAUUGUGUGUCUCUGUUGUUUGUGCAGGGCCUCACCUGGGCCGCUCUGCUCCGUGCCAGACCACGGGAGCGGGUGCCCAGCGUGUCCCCGGUGCUGAAGCAUGUGCGGUGACCAUCCGUGUGCUCGGACACUGCGGCCGCGUCCAGCCGGGCGCUGCCAGCGCUCGCUCUCGUUGUGCUUGUGUGUGGGUGUGUGCCUGUGUCCUGGCCUACAGCGUCCCUGUGCCCCGGGCGCGUGUCUGCACUGAGCCCUGCCAGUGUCGUGUUGGGCUGUGCUCUGUUGGGCUGUGCUUGCCAGCAGCUUGGUGUUGAGGUGCACUGCUGUCCCACCCUGGGUGUGUGUGCUGUCAGUCUGUGGCACUGCUGUCCCACGCUGGUGUGUGUGUGUGUGUGUGUGUGUGUGUGUGUGUGUGUGUGCGUGCUGUCAGUGUCUGGCUCAGCACACAGAACUGUGGGGCAAUAGAUUAAAGCACAUCCGUAAACAAACCCACGCUCUCAUCUGCUUCUUGUGACUUCUCUCUCUCUGUUCCCUUCCCCUCCUGCACUCCUUCACCCUCCCCUCUGCCCAUGAUGUCUGCUUCACCUUCUGGACAGCCCCUUCUCAGCUGAGCAACAGACAAACUACAGAUCCCUAAACUCUAUUAAAAUGUGUUUCACACCUGA